GCUCCGUUUCUGAGUGGGGUUCAACUUCAGGCAGAGAAAUGGGGAAAGGGUUCUUUAUCAGUAAAGGCGUUGGGGUAGUUUGUAUUAUUCUCGGAGCUGGGGCUGUAGCCACUAUAAUAGCAUUGAGUGUUGUUUAUUCCCAGGAAAAGGCAAAAAAUGAGAGUCAUGUCUCCCCAACAGCUGGAGCAACGACAAUUGCCACCAUCACAACUGCACCGUCUAACAAUGCUUGGGACAAAUAUCGACUGCCCAAGAGCCUGGUACCAGAACAUUAUGACGUCACACUGUGGCCUCGGCUAACUCCAGAUCCAAAGACUGGACUCUACAUUUUUACAGGUGAAUCCAGUGUCGAGUUUGUGUGUGCUGAGGAGACAAAUCUGAUUCUAAUCCACUCCAAUAAACUGAACUACAGCAAGCAUGACAAUAACCAAUUGGCAAUGCUCAAUGCUGUGGAGAGUGUAAUCAAAGCUCCCUCAAUAGUAUCCUCCUGGGUCAAAACAGAAACUCAGUAUCUGGUCAUAACACUGGACAAUAAACUGAUGAAGGACCAACGGUACAUUCUUUACACAAAUUUUACUGGAGAGCUGGCUGACGACCUUGGAGGCUUCUACAGAAGUGAAUACAAGGAAAAUGGAGUGACAAAGGUUGUUGCAACAACUCAGAUGCAGCCAACAGAUGCCAGGAAGGCCUUCCCUUGUUUUGAUGAGCCGGCUAUGAAAGCCGUUUUUGACAUCACUCUGAUACAUGACAAAGGAACUGUGGCACUCUCAAAUGGCGAACCAAAAGAAACAAGCAAUAUUGUCAUUGGUGAAAAGACUCUACAGAAGACAGUGUUUGAACCAACUCUGAAAAUGUCCACCUAUCUUUUGGCAUUUAUUGUCAGUGACUUUGGCAAUAUCUCCAACAUCAUUGAUGAUGUCACGAUCCGGAUCUUUGCCCGCAAAUCUGCUAUUGAUGCUGGCCAAGGAGCGUAUGCUCUUAACAAAACUGGACCAAUUCUCAAGUUUUUUGAGAGGUAUUACAAUUCCACGUACCCCCUGCCCAAGUCAGAUCAGAUAGCCCUGCCAGACUUUAAUGCUGGAGCCAUGGAGAACUGGGGUCUAAUCACCUACAGAGAGACAGCUCUCCUCUACGAUGAAGACUUCUCCUCCAACGGCAACAAGGAGAGGAUCGCUUCCAUCAUCAGUCAUGAACUGGCUCAUAUGUGGUUUGGGAAUCUGGUCACCCUGAAGUGGUGGAAUGACUUGUGGCUAAAUGAAGGUUUUGCCUCAUAUGUUGAGUACCUUGGAGCACAUGAAGCUGAAUCUGAAUGGAAUGUGAAAGAUCUUAUUGUGCUGAGUGAUAUGCACAGGGUGUUUGCCAUUGAUGCUUUGGCCUCCUCUCACCCUUUGUCCUCGAAAGAAGAAGAUAUCCAGAAGCCAGCACAAAUCAGUGAGCUGUUUGAUGCCAUUUCAUAUAGCAAGGGAGCAUCUGUACUGAGGAUGUUGUCAGAUUUCCUGUCUGAAGAUGUCUUCACAAAGGGCCUCAGGACCUACCUGGCUGAAUUUGCAUUUGGAAAUGCGGUUUAUACAGAUCUGUGGGAUCAUCUGCAAAAGGCUGUUGACAGUGCUGGUCCUGGUGAUCUUCCCCAAAGUGUUCAUAACAUCAUGAACACAUGGGUGCUGCAGAUGGGCUUUCCCGUGGUUACAAUCAAUGCAACAAAUGGAGUUAUUACACAGAAACAUUUUCUCCUGGAUCCCGACUCCGAAGUUACUGCACCGUCUCCUUACAAUUAUCAAUGGAUUGUACCCAUCAGGUGGAUUAAGACUGGAGUCACCCAAGAUCAAUUAUGGUUAACUACAGGAACAGAUACGAAAGCGUCAAUGAAGUUAUCAGACUCUGAGUGGCUCCUGGCCAAUCUCAAUGUGACGGGUUACUACAGAGUUAACUAUGACCAAGACAACUGGAACAAACUUCUGAAUGUCCUGAAAACCACUCACGAAACUAUACCGGUGAUCAACAGAGCUCAGUUAGUGGAUGAUGCUUUCAACUUGGCAAGGGCAAAGAUCAUCCCCACUGUGCUGGCUCUUGAAACCACAAAGUAUCUGGAUAAGGAGAGGGAAUACAUGCCCUGGGAGUCGGCCCUGAACAACCUGGACUUCUUCUACCUCAUGUUUGAUCGUAGUGAGGUUUAUGGUCCCAUGCAGGAUUAUUUAAAGAAGCAGGUCAUCCAACUCUUUAACUACUUCAAGACCAUGACUGAAAAUUGGACAAAAGUACCAAAAGGACACAUGGACCAGUACAAUCAGGUGAAUGCCAUCAGUCUGGCCUGCAGGACGGGCCAUCAAGAAUGCCAAGACCUGACCAAAGCAUGGUUCAAGCAAUGGAUGGAUGGGGAAAAAAACCCAAUCCACCCCAACUUACGUUCCACUGUAUACUGCAAUGCCAUCGCAGCAGGUGGUGCUAAAGAGUGGGACUUUGCUUGGUCGGAAUUUCAAAGCGCUACCAUUGCAUCUGAAGCUGAAAAACUCCGUGCUGCUUUGGCUUGUACAAAGCAGCCUUGGCUGCUCAAUAGGUACUUGGAGUCCACGCUGAAUUCCACCUUGAUCCGAAAGCAGGAUGCCACCUCCACCAUUGUCUACAUUGCCAACAAUGCGAUUGGUCAAUCUCUUGCUUGGGACUUUGUCAGGGCUCGUUGGUCAUUCAUUUUUACCCAAUAUGGAGGAGGAUCUUUUUCCUUUUCCAACCUCAUUAACGGAGUCACCAAAAGAUUUUCCAGUGAUUUUGAGCUUCAACAGCUAAAGCAGUUCAAAGCAGAUAACGCCGAGGUCGGUUUUGGCUCUGGGACCCUGGCAGUGGAUCAGUCCAUUGAGAGAACCAUCGCCAACAAGAAGUGGAUAGCAGAGAACAAGGAAAAUGUCUUAAAGUGGUUCCAAGAUGCAGCAAAACCUUAAUGAUGCCUUCACUUUCCAUCAACUAUAACAUCUAUUGUUAAACAAAGUAUCUUUUGAAGCUGUUGAUACUUUCACCUUGACAGAGUAGGCACAACUAUUGGGUGUUUUCUGCCCUUGAAAAUACUACAACCUCAAUUUAAGAUUUUUGUUGGACUCAAAAGUGAGAUUCCUAUUGUAAAUAAAUAAAUGAUUUCAUGUUUUCAUUUACAAGGACAACUUUGCAAGUCAAUUUGGUUUUAACUAUUCAUAACAGGAUCACUCUAUUACAUGAUUUGAAAGAAUAAAACUUAACUUAAAAACUAUAUACUGUACUUUCUGGAAUGUUUUGUCAGUCAAGCAUAAAAUGAGAAACAAUUUUGAGACAUGUAAAUCCAUUAUUUAUUUUUAUUGCAUUUAUCAUAUGUACUCAAGCUUUGUUUUGUAAAAUUUAAUUUCAUCAGCUUUCUCCAAUAAAUAUGUCUCUAUUUA